CUUAUCGCAUGAUCAACUUAAAAAUAGGAGAAAAAAAAUCAAAUGAACAAAGAUAACCUUAGAUACGUUGAACCUAGUCAACUUCUCAGAUUCACUGAACCUGGACGUAUUUGUGGUUUACUCUACUUCUAGUUUCCGCGUCAGAAGAAGAUAAUCCAGGGAACAAAUCUACUGAAGUGACAUAAGUGGAAGAUGAAGAAGAUCUAAAUACAGGUUAACUUGCUUUGGAUAAAACCUGUAGUGGAGUUAAAACAUCACUAUUGUUAAAAUUUAACCAUAAACUUAAUUAGACUGUACCAUCUCUCGUUUCCCAAAACAGCACACGAUUCACUAUGCUGUUUAUCGACUAGUUAAUGUUUAAUUAUUCUGAUUUGAUAAAAGUGAUUCGCUUUGAAGUGAAUGUAUUUGGACGCUAUUGAGGCUCUAAUUAAUCAACCAGAACAUCCCAAAACUGUAAUUAACUUAAAGGGAUUUAUGGUUUCUCCGUUAACACAACACGCCGCUAAUCCAUUAUUCACCAUCAUUUCAGCACCAUGUUGUCAUUUUUUACCAUUUUGUCGUUUACUCCGUCAAAUAGUCAAAAGGCUUUGUCAACACAAUGAAAACAUCACUAAAUAAAUAGUAAAUAUAAUAUUCAUGUGUAUAUAUAACAAUUCGCCGAAGAGAGGAGAAGCCAGGAAAAGGGCAUAUAAAAUGGUAGAGAUUCCGAGAAGAGUUGACAUACUCGCUGCGGCUUUUGAUGUCGAGGCGGCGCGUGCACGUCUGCCGUGCGAUAGCAGCAGCGGGAGCGAUCACUUCCCUGAUGAGACAGCCGAUCUUUGGGAUCUGGUCGAAUCAUUUAUGGACAGCGAAGUGAAAGCUUUACCAGAGGAUAUUCCUAUGGAAGAUAAAGAUGAUAAGUCUGACGUUGAUGAUGAUUAUGAAGAUGUGAAGGAGAGGUUGCGGGAGAUUUGUGAAAAUCUCAGUGGCGGCGGAGAGCGGAGGAGAAUAAUUGAGGAGGUAGUAAAUGCAAGAGAGUUCGUCGGAGAGAAACGCCUCUUGAUGGCUUAUUUACGCGACAAAGGUUUCGAUGCAGGUCUUUGCAAGUCCAAGUGGGAGAGAUUUGGUAAGAACACGGCCGGGAAGUACGAGUAUGUUGACGUUAAUAGAGGAGAAAAGAACCGCUUUAUUGUCGAGACAAAUCUUGCCGGAGAAUUCGUGAUUGCUAAGCCUACGACAAGAUACCUUUCUCUCUUAGCUCAACUACCACGUGUCUUCGUGGGAACACCUGAAGAGCUGAAAAAGUUAGUGAGAAUCAUGUGCUUUGAGAUAAGACGGUCGAUGAAGCGAGCGGAGAUUCACGUGCCACCGUGGAGGAGGAACGCUUACAUGCAAGCCAAGUGGUUCGGUCACUAUAAACGAACCUCUAAUGAAGUGGUUACUAGGGUUAAGAGCUGUGGAUGUGGACCACGUGUUGGGUUUGAGGGGUUGGCUAAAACGGCAACGUUUAACGGCUAUAAAGAGGUGGAGAGGAUGAGGCAGGGUUUAAAAGUUGGCCAGCUCACGGUGGCUUUCACCGGCAGUGGGGUGAGGUUGUCAUAGUCAAAGAACAAAGCAUAGGGCUUUGCGAGUUUAUAGUUGUGAGUUUUGAAUUACUUUGUAAAUAUAAGAUAAGUUUGAAGUGAGGGGUGUCACAGAAGCAAUCAUCACCUAUUAUAAAGUUGUAGAUUGUGUUUCUCUUGCAGCGUAUAUGUUAAUUUUUAGUUGGGCCUUUCAGGUUUUGGCCCGUUAUUUUUCUGGCCCGACUCCAUGUAUCCGGAAGUUUAAAAUAUACAAUUAUUGGAGAUAAACAACUGAUAGCAUAGUAAACCAUACCACUUUAAUUACAACUUUACAAGUAGUGGAAGAUAAUGAUAUCAAACAAAUUUAAAAGUACACUUUGAAUUAAACUAUUAAACAAAUUUCAUGAAACUUUCAAAACAAAAGAAUACAUCCAAAUCCCAAGGAGGACUUUGUGACACAUAAUAGUAUAGAAAAACAGUAAAACUCAUACAAAACGAAAAUAUUUAAGCAGUAUAUUUGUUUCGUAGGCUUUAGUAAACAAAAUUGAUGUAUUUAUUAUGCACAUUACUUAGACCAAUUAAAUGAUGCUGUCGAGUAUUAUUUGCAUGUAGCCUAAUUUCAUAGUAGCAUAGUACAAACUAAAAUAACAAAACAAUAAAAGAGGAAUGAAACAAACAGAAACCUAAUGACUUUCGGUAUUUAAAGUCUCAAUAACAUCUUCUUUAAUAAUGUCUGGUCCCUCUCUCUCCCUCUCUCUUACAUACGAAGCAAUGAAGAAGCUCUACCGGAAAGGAACCGUACACCCCUCGCCGCAGAUAAAAUCCGACGACCACCUUCUCUCUCUUCUUCCCGUUGCUAUCUUCUCACUAGCGGCGGUUCUUUCUCCAAAAGACCGUGAAGUCUUGGCUUACCUCUUGUCAACAGCCUCUUACUCCAGCAACCGAAACUAUACUUCUCGCAUGAAUAAGACCAAACUCCACGAAAAGUCACGUUUAGACAAUCACGCGCCUCUCUUCCACUGCGACUGUUUCAGCUGCUACACGUGUUACUGGGUCAGAUGGGACUCUUCACCAAGUCGUCAGCUGAUUCAUGAAAUCAUCGACGCUUACGAAGACAGCUUGGAGAAGAAGAAACAAACCAAGAAGAAGAAGAACGUAAGUGGGAAGAAAGAUCGGAGAAAGCGUUCAGGGGAAGUCUUCAGCUCUCGCUAGUCCUAGCUUUGGUACAAAUGAUUCGGAGAGUCUAAGUCAGGUCACUGAGUCUAUAGCAAGUUCGUGUGCAUGUUCGAGUUCGAGCAAGUUAGUUGAGGGGAUUGGUGGUUGCCACGGCGGUUUGGAAUCUACGGAAGAGUUCCAUGCGGGAGACGGUAGCGAAGAGGCGGAGGAGGAGAAGGGGUCCGUUAGGAGGUUUGUGAGUUUCAUAGGUGAGAAAGUUUUUGGUGUUUGGGGGAUGAGAAUAUUUACAAGAAAUAAAAAGCUAUAAAUGUUUGUUGCUUUGUGUUAAUUCACUUGGAUCUUUGUAGGCCAAACUGUUUGAUUACCGAACGUUUUCAUGUGUAAGCAUUAACUGUACUAUAAUGCAACAAAAUAUCAUUGUAUUUUAACAUCUUAAUUAUAUAAAAAAAGAUAGUAUA